UCAAACCUGCUAAAUAGGUUGUGAUAGAAUCCAUCUAUGGAACUCAAAAUAUAACAUGUCGUAAUUUUCUUCAAGUUCUAUCCCAAUUUUUUAUUCUUGUGGCUUUAAAUCCUCUUAGCCACUGGUGUCACGACCUCUUGCAUCCGAAAACGGAACCCCCUAUUUCCGAAUAGUCCACGCCGCUCCGAUCCCAGGUUCCCGGUGUCAUGGCAGCUCCGAGAACCUGUUAACUGGGGGUUGCUUUACGGCAGGGGGCGAGGGUCAGAAGGUCUCGCCCCGCGGCCGGGGCGGCGGGGUAAUCGGAGCGGGGCUGAGAGAGCGGGGCUGAGUGGGCGGGGGCGCGGGGAAGGCCUACGGCGUCUCCGCUACGAUGGCGGCUUCGGGGAGCGGCAUGGCCCAGAAGAGCUGGGAACUGGCCAACAACAUGCAGGAAGCCCAGAGCAUCGACGAGAUCUACAAGUACGACAAGAAGCAGCAGCAGGAAAUCCUGGCGGCCAAGCCCUGGACUAAGGAUCACCAUUACUUUAAAUACUGCAAGAUCUCAGCCUUAGCCCUACUGAAAAUGGUAAUGCACGCUAGAUCAGGAGGCAACUUGGAAGUGAUGGGUUUGAUGCUUGGGAAAGUGGACGGUGAAACCAUGAUCAUUAUGGACAGUUUUGCUUUGCCUGUAGAGGGCACUGAAACUCGAGUCAAUGCCCAAGCUGCUGCCUAUGAAUAUAUGGCAGCAUAUAUAGAAAAUGCAAAACAGGUGGGUCGACUUGAAAAUGCAAUUGGCUGGUAUCACAGUCACCCUGGCUAUGGCUGUUGGCUUUCUGGGAUUGAUGUUAGUACCCAGAUGCUCAAUCAGCAGUUUCAAGAACCUUUUGUAGCAGUAGUUAUUGAUCCAACAAGAACAAUAUCUGCAGGAAAAGUAAAUCUUGGUGCCUUUAGGACCUAUCCAAAGGGCUAUAAACCACCAGAUGAGGGUCCUUCUGAGUAUCAGACUAUUCCACUUAAUAAAAUAGAAGAUUUUGGAGUACACUGCAAACAGUACUAUGCUUUAGAAGUCUCUUACUUUAAAUCGUCUUUGGAUCGCAAAUUGCUUGAACUUCUGUGGAACAAAUACUGGGUAAAUACUCUGAGUUCUUCCAGCUUACUUACGAAUGCAGACUAUACCACUGGACAAGUCUUUGAUUUAUCUGAAAAACUGGAACAGUCAGAAGCCCAGCUUGGACGAGGGAGUUUCAUGUUGGGUUUAGAAACACACGACCGAAAGUCAGAAGACAAACUUGCUAAAGCAACAAGAGACAGCUGUAAGACCACCAUAGAAGCUAUCCAUGGAUUGAUGUCUCAGGUUAUUAAGGAUAAACUUUUCAACCAAAUUAAUAUUUCCUAAAGAAUAUCAUCAAGUAGUUACUUUUUUCUGCCUUCUUAGAGGUAUUUCUUUUGUUUGACAGCUAGUAUGAGAAAAAUACUCAAGUUAAUACUUUAAAAUUGGUCAACAGAAAUCUCAUUUGCAGAACAAAGUGCUUUGAAAUUCUGUUAGUAGUUGUAUUAAAAAUAUUCCAGAAGAUUGCUUUGGAAAACUUCUUAAGAAGAAACUAAAGGAUUGUCACUUAGAGAUUGGCUUUUAGUUAUUUAUACUGAUCAUUGAGCUAUAAUAAAAAUUUCUUUAAAAUGA